UAAUGUCCUCAAGACGUGGAAAUGAUAUAAACUUUGACGAACUAUACAGCUUAAAGGUCGAUAACCUGCCCUAUAAUACGAGCGUCCAUGAACUUCGUCGAUUGUUUGACCGUUAUGGAGAUAUUGGCGAUAUUCCUCGUGAUCGAUACAAUAAUCAAAGUCGCGGUUUUGGAUUUGUCCGUUUCUAUUCGAGGAAAGAUGCCGAUUAUGCUUGUUCUCGCGCAGAUGGAAAACAAAUGAAUGGACGAGAAUUGCGCGUAUCUAUUGCCAAAUAUCGACGCCCGCUUGAUGAAGGUCGCGAUCGAGACAGACGCCGUCGAUCGCGUUCCCGUUCACGUCGCCGUUCGCGGACUCGUUCUCCACCACGCCGUUCUCGCUCUCGUGAUGAUCGUUCUCGGUCACGCUCACCUCGUGGGCGUUCGAGGUCCAGAUCUGAGCGUCGAGGAGACGAGAGCCGUUCCCGUUCUCCACAUGGGCAUUCACGAUCAAGAAGUCCUUCACGCAGUCGAAGCUUAUCUCGUUCACCACGUGAUUAA